AUGUCAUCAACAAGUAGACCAAGCCAGAGUUCCAGGAACACUGGAGGAGGAUCUUCCUCCUCAUCACAAUCAAGACACAGCUCUAGAAUCCUCACUCAAACCUCCAUUGAUGCAAAGCUUCAUUCCCACUUUGAACAAUCCGGUUCUUCCUUUGACUACUCCACUUCAAUCCAUCUCACCACCAACCCAACGGCCGCACCACCCACCACCACCAUCGCAUACCUCCAACACAUCCAAAAAUCCAACCUCAUCCAACCCUUUGGCUGCCUCUUAGCCCUCCACCCCACCACCCUCAAACUCAUCGCCUUCAGCCAGAAUGCCCCUGAAAUGCUCGCCACCGUCGCCCACACCGUACCCGAUGGGGACAACCACCCCCUCCUUGCUAUUGGUACCGACCUCCGAGCCAUCUUCACUGCUCCCACCGCCACUGCCCUCCUCAAGGCCCUCGCCUUCCCCGACGUUACCCUCCUCAACCCCAUUCUCGUCCACUCCAAGUCCUCAGGAAAGCCCUUUUACGCCAUUCUCCAUCGCGUCACCGGUAGCAUUAUCAUUGACUUCGAACCCCUCAAACCCGACCAAGUCCCUGUCACGGCCGCAGGAGCUCUCCAGUCCUAUAAGCUCGCAGCCAAAGCCAUCACUCGUCUCCAAGCUCUCCCUAGUGGGAGCCUGGUUAGACUUUGUGACACCAUGGUUCAAGAAGUAUUUGAGUUGACAGGUUACGAUAGAGUUAUGACUUAUAAGUUUCACGAUGAUGAUCACGGAGAGGUUUUUUCCGAGGUUACGAAGCCUGGCCUUGAACCUUAUCUAGGUUUACAUUAUCCAGCCACUGACAUUCCUCAGGCUGCUAGGUUUUUGUUCAUGAAGAACAAAGUUAGAAUGAUUGUGGAUUGCAGAGCCAAGCAUGUGAAAGUCAUUCAAGAUCACAACCUUGAUUUUGAUUUGACUUUGUGUGGGUCCACUUUAAGAGCUCCUCAUAGUUGCCAUUUGCAAUAUAUGGAAAAUAUGGACUCUAUUGCCUCUUUGGUUAUGGCCAUUGUAGUGAAUGAAGAGGAAGAUGAAGAGAACUUUGAUCAAAAUAACAACAAUAAUGAUGCUUCUUUGCAAAAGUAUAAGAGGAAAAGGUUAUGGGGUUUGGUGGUUUGUCAUAACACAACUCCUAGAUUUGUUCCUUUUCCUCUUAGAUAUGCUUGUGAGUUUCUAGCUCAAGUUUUUGCCAUUCAUGUCAACAAGGAAUUGGAGUUAGAGAAUCAAAUUCUGGAGAAAAAUAUCCUGAGAACUCAAACACUUUUAUGUGACAUGUUAAUGAGAGAUGCUCCUUUAGGAAUCGUGUCAAGGACUCCUAAUAUAAUGGAUCUUGUCAAAUCUGAUGGAGCUGCAUUAUUGUACAAUAACAAGAUAUGGAGAUUGGGGAUAACCCCAACUGAUUUUCAUCUUCAGGAUCUUGCUUCAUGGAUUUUCGAAUAUCAUAUGGAUUCCACUGGUUUGAGUACUGAUAGCUUGUACGAUGCUGGGUACCCCGGUGCACUGGCACUAGGUGAUGCGGUGUGUGGGAUGGCUGCUGUGAGGAUAUCUUCCGAGGACAUGAUUUUCUGGUUCCGAUCGCACACUGCUUCGGAGAUUCGGUGGGGCGGGGCGAAGCAUGAGCCAGGUGAGAAGGAUGAUGGAAGGAAAAUGCAUCCAAGAUCAUCUUUUAAGGCUUUUCUUGAAGUGGUUAAGACAAGGAGUUUGCCUUGGAAGGACUUUGAAAUGGAUGCAAUUCAUUCUUUGCAACUUAUUUUAAGGAACACCUUUAAAGAUACAGAUGAUCAUAUGAGCGAGAUUCAUAGAAAAUCAAUACAAACAACACUUAGUGACCUCAAGAUUAUUGAUGGGAGGCAAGAAUUGGAAUCAGUAACAAGUGAGAUGGUUAGAUUGAUUGAAACAGCCACUGUUCCAAUUUUGGCUGUUGAUGUAGAUGGGCUUGUGAAUGGGUGGAACUCAAAAAUUGCUGAAUUGACUGGACUCUCUGUUGAGAAAGCUAUUGGCAAGCAUUUGCUCACAUUAGUGGAAGAUUCUUCUGUUGAAAUUGUCAAGAAGAUGUUGGUCUUGGCAUUGCAAGGUCAAGAGGAAAAAAACGUUCAAUUCGAGAUAAAAACACACAACUCAGACAUCGAAUCGGGCUCCAUAAGUCUAAUAGUAAAUGCUUGUGCAAGCAAAGACUUAAGUGAAAAUGUGGUGGGAGUGUGCUUUGUAGCACAAGACAUAACAUGUCAAAAGAUAGUAAUGGACAAGUUCACAAAAUUACAAGGUGAUUACAAAGCCAUAGUACAAAACCCUAAUCCACUAAUCCCUCCAAUAUUUGGGUUAGAUGAAUUUGGUUGGUGCUCAGAAUGGAACUUAGCAAUGACAAAACUAAGUGGAUGGUCUCGUGAAGCAGUUCUCAACAAAAUGCUUUUAGGAGAAGUAUUUGGAACACAAUUAAACUCCAAAUCAUGUUGUUGCCAUCUCAAGAAUCAAGAGGCUUUUGUGAAUCUUGGGAUUGUAUUGAACAAUGCAAUGAGUGGGCAAGAUACUGAAAAGAAUAUCUCAUUUGGUUUUCAUGCUAAAAAUGGGAUAUUUGUUGAAUGUCUAUUAUGUGUCAAUAAGAUAUUGGAUAAAGAUGGUGGAGUUAUUGGGGUUUUUUGCUUCUUGCAACUUGCAAGUCAAGAGCUGCAACAAGCAUUGAGUAUUCAAAAACUAUGUGAGAGGACUGCUUUGAAUAGGUUGAAGGCACUGGGAUAUAUGAAGAGGCAGAUUCAAAAUCCUCUUUGUGGGAUUAUUUUUUCAAGGAAAAUGUUGCAGCAAACUCAAUUGGGAGUGGAACAGAAGCAACUUUUGCAUAAUAGUGUCAAUUGUCAAAGGCAAAUCUCCAAGGUUCUUGAUGAGUCUCAUGAUCUUGAUCAUAUUAUUCAAGGUUUAAUUGAAUUAGAAAUGGUUGAGUUUUCAUUGUAUGAAGUAUUGGUGGUAGCAAUUAGUCAAGUGAUGAUGAAGAGCAAAGGGAAAGGUAUUCAAAUAGAAAAUGAAGUUGCUGAAGAGAUCAUGACUGAGACCUUAUAUGGAGACAAUUUGAGACUUCAACAAGUCAUGGCUGAUUUCUUGUUGAUAUCAGUUAAUUAUGCACCAACAGGAGGCCAACUUAUGGUUUCAACAAAUUUCACUAAGGCUCAUUUAGGAAACUCAGUACAUCUUGUGCAUCUUGAAUUCAGGAUAACAUAUGUUGGAGGAGGCAUACCAGAAUCAUUGUUGAAUGAGAUGUUUGGGAAUGAUGAGGAUCCAUCUGAAGAAGGUUUCAGCCUAUUUAUAAGUAGAAAAUUGGUGAAGAUGAUGAAUGGAGAUGUGAGAUAUGUGAGGGAAUUUGGGAAGUCAAGCUUCAUCAUAACUCUUGAACUUGCUGCUGCUCAUAAGUUAAGAACCUAA